UUUAUUAUUGUGUAAUGUAGGGUGGAUUUCUCUGUACAGUUAACAGAACUGACAGGUGUUCUUUAGUUGUGAGUAUUAGAUUCAGAUACAUCUAGCUAUGCAGUAGGUAAAAAAGAGGCUUUGCUUUGGUCUAACCUUCAGAAUAUAAAAGACUGGGAGAUAAUGGACGAUCUGCAGGGGGAUUGUGGUGCCAGCGGUAAGACCACGCAGGAUGUGAGUCCUCCUGGCAUCUGUGAAGGCUACUUGAUGAAGAGGAGAAAAUGGCCUCUCAAAGGAUGGCAUAAGAGAUACUUUAUAUUGGAAAAAGGGAUUCUCCGGUAUUCAAAAAACCAAUAUGAUAGCACUAAAGGGAAAUUAAAUGGGUCCAUAGAUGUCAGUCUCGCAGUCAUGUCAGUAAACAAAAAGGCAAGGCGCAUAGACCUGGAUACAGGAGACAGUCUCUUUCACAUCAAGGCAAAGAACCAUGAUCUAUACUACAUAUGGGUGACUAAACUGAGCGCUCAUCGGAUGUAUAAGAGGAACGAGGCAGCACAUGUUCAUAACAGCUUGCUGCAGGCCCUGUCACACGGCAGCAAUGUGCCUCAGGGAAAUGGUGCAGUGCAAGACGUGUACCAGAGCAUGUCUGACUCUUACAUGGGUGAUAUGGCAGCUCGGAGUGAAGACCUGCAUGGUGCAGACACUGGUGUCAAUGGGAAAGUGUGUGCUUGGCUGCAGCAUGCGCAGGACCCAGACAGUUGCACUCAAGAACUGAACCGCUGCCAAACAGAACUGAAUGAUUUAAAUCGCUUGGUCCAGAAGCUGCACACUCUUGAGUUAGGCAAGGCUGUUAACAAUGGAGAGCUAAAGAGGAUCAUCAGCAUGCAGAAUCUUUCACUUGAAAAGCCCAAGAAGAAAUCUGGCAGGAUAUGGGGACACUCUCAUACACUUGGAGUGUUCUCAUCGUCCCACCUGGGUGCCUCUGUGCCCUCCAUCCCUGAAUAUGUCUACAGCCAGCUUACUCCCUCAGCAUCCUCUAGCUCACCAGAAAGCAAAAAGAUCUACCAGGACAUCUGCUCUGUGUCCCAAAGAGUCCAUGCCUCUCUGAGGUCUGUGCAUGAGGCUCUGUUUCAGGAACGCCAGCGGCUACAGGACACCUGGUCCAGCAGCGAGCUUCGACAGAACACUUCUGAAAUUAAUGACAUAUGUAACACCCUGACUGAGUUAGAUGUGAGGUCCCGGCAAACACAAAUCCACACGAGGUCAGAGUGCUCUGACUCCUCUGAGGAAUCCUACCAUACUGUGACCCUGAGAAAGUCAGAAUCCAUAUGCCGUUCCUCGCUGGCAGGAUCAGUGGCAGAGUAUUUUGAUGCAUGUGAUGAGAUUUGUGGAAGUUUCUCUGAGGCAUCAGACGAGUCUGGUCUGAGUGAUGCUUCCAGUAAUUCAGAGCCUGAGGAAGACCAUGUAACAGCAACACGGAAGUACCGUGCCAGUCUUUCCAAAGCAUCAGCAAAACCCAGUAGGAUCUUGGGGAUCAGUGGCCACCGUACCAAACUGCCUGCAAAUUGCCCUGAUAACAGUCAUGUAGGCCUUAUUACCAUCCUUUAUAACAACAUUGGGAAGGACCUGUCACGUGUAUCCAUGCCUGCAGCUCUGAAUGAGCCUGUCAAUCUACUCCAGAGGCUCUGUGAGGAACUGGAGUAUUCAGAACUACUGGACACAGCCAACCGUACUGAUGAUCCUUACCAGAGAAUGGUGUACAUUGCUGCCUUUGCUAUAUCUGGCUAUUCUACAGCUCAGUAUCGUAACCGUUAUAAGCCCUUUAACCCAGUUCUCGGAGAGACGUUUGAAUGUGUAAGGGAGGACAGAUGUUUCCGCUAUAUUAGUGAACAGGUUUGUCAUCACCCACCCAUCUCUGCUUGCCACGCUGUCUCUGACAACUUCUGCUUUUGGCAGGAUCAGCGAUGGAAGAAUAAAUUCUGGGGAAAAUCUUUGGAGAUAAUGCCGACUGGAAUGGUGAAUGUGACUCUAUCAAGGUAUGGAGACCACUAUGAAUGGAAUAAAGUGGUAACAUGCAUUCACAAUGUCCUGAGUCAGCAGCGCUACCUAGAGCACUACGGAGAGGUAACGAUCCGCAACCUGAACAGCUCAGUCUGUACCUGUAAGAUCACAUUUGUAAAGUCUCGCUACUGGGGUUCAGAUGCAAAUAAAAAUGAGGUUCAAGGCCAAGUACUAGACCAGAGUGGUAAUGUAGUGCACCGAUUCGGAGGUUUCUGGCAUGAGGGGAUAUUCUGUGACACACUUCCUAAUCCACAAUGUAUUUGGAAGCCAUACCCCCAGCCUAAGGACUCCAUCCUGUACUAUGGCUUCUCCAGCUUUGCAAUGGAAAUGAAUGAGCUGACCCCUGAACUUGAACCAUUGCUGCCCCCAACAGAUACACGUCUGCGUCCAGACCAAAGGCUGUUGGAGGAAGGCAGGGUGGAGGAGGCAGACAAAAGGAAAGAUGAGGUAGAGGAAACACAGAGAGAGCAGAGGAAGAUUUUGGCCAAGAAAGGAGAGCAGCAUAUUCCUCGUUUCUUCAGGAAAUCUGUUGAUGCAGCUGGUAGAGAAGUGUGGCUCACUAAUGGAACUUACUGGAAGCUCAGAGAGAAUCCUGGAUUCGCAAACAUGAAAAACUUGGAAUUAUGGUGAAGUCUCAGUAGAGUUGGAGACUUUGGACUGUAAAACUUUCUUGCAUCUUUCAUAAAGUACAAGGACUUGAACACAAAGCAAAUUGUAGAGCACAGAUGAACUGCCCAGGACAGACUGGGCAAGGAUAAAGCUCUUAACGUAAGACCAAGCUUUUCUCUUAUUCCCAGCUGAAGUAUUCAGGCUUUCACUUCUUUUAUGGCUGGACAAUUAAACCAAUAUGUUUAGGGGGUUAAUCCAUUUGUAGAUCUACCCUGACAAAAUCCCACCUACUUUUUUAGUUAUUAUAUUUGUUUAUACCUGCCUGUGGUAUUUUCUAACAAACUCAUAUUUUUUCCAAAUUGUAAGCAAAUGUGUGAUCAUCAAUGAAGAUGAGACACUCCUGCCUUCAUAAGUAAAACUGGCUGAUUUUGUUUGGUCCAUGCAACUCCAGUCCUGUUGACCACUUCUAGAUUAAUCCAUAACUGCUGCAUUUUAGGCACAUUUAAAAACAUUUCUUAAUGGGGAAGGUCAUUUAUCUGUGUAUCUAGUCAUUUGUGUAACUAAAAACAGGUAUGACGAGAGAUUUUUGGAGUACACAGCAAUUUACAGUACUCUGGAAGUACAAUAACAAAAAUGGGACUGGUUUGUGUGACCGGACCAUACAUUUGCGUUCACGUGACAUAUAUUUCUUAUUAGUUUAUAAUGUAUUAAUAAAACAUGGAAAGCAUUCACUUAUAAUAAAGUGGGUUGGUGAAUUAACUACAGGAUAAACCUUGCUACUUGACAUUUUAAAAUUAUUAUAAA